GCAACAAGUACUCCUGAUCCCCAGCCCCUGGUUUAACAUUCCUAUUUGAAAUGUCUCUGUUAAAAAGGACUGUUGUUUCAAAAUAUGUAGACUUCACAAUGAUGUCAACAAGUCUGACUAGGAGUAGACUUCCAAUGGAGGGAAGUGAGGGGCUCCAUUCCCUUCCAUGUCCCUUUAUUGUCUUCAUCUUUAUCUUGCUCAGGGUCACAGGCAUUUGCCACCAUGUCCUGAUUGUUUUCUGUGGAGAAGAGAUUCAUAAACACUAAGGACUGUCAGAAGAUCUUUGCUAGGGAGCAUCGGGUGUCUGGAGUUUAGUUUGCUCUGAACCUUUCCUAUUCGGUACUGCCCGUGCUGCAGUUACGCUGCCGCCGGUGCGCCUGCAUUCUUUCCGUUUCCAGCACUGAGAAGGGGGGAGGGAACACUGUGUACUUUCCUGUUGUCAUCACCUGGUAAUUUCACAGUUAUGGUAGGCACAGCACAGCUGUAAGCCAGUCAUUGUAUUCACAUGAACAACUGAGUUGAGAUGUGGCCUGGCUCAUUUGUGGAAAAGGCUGACAAAUGCUUGCUCUUUGGCAGUUUGUAUACAGCAUAUACUUACACCGAAAACGGCUAGGAACUACUGGAAGGACUUUGAAAAUGGCCCUUGAGCUAUGCUAGGUCUAUAAUGGGAAGUGUCACAGUUCGGUAUUUCUGUUACGGGUGCCUCUUUACAUCUGCUACCUGGACAGUUCUGCUUUUCAUUUAUUUCAACUUCAGUGAAGUGACUCAGCCCCUUAAGAAUGUGCCCAUCAAGGGGUCUGGCCCCCAUGGACCAUUUCCCAAAAAAUUCUACCCACGUUUUACUCGAAGUCCAGGUCGAGUAUUAGAUCCGCAGUUUAAAGCAAACAGAAUGGACGAUUUGAUGAAUAACCGCAUCGAAGAUAAUGGCCUCUCAAAAUCUUCCUCCGAGCUGGGUAUGAUUUUCAAUGAACGUGAUCAGGAAUUGAGAGACCUGGGCUACCAGAAACAUGCCUUUAAUAUGCUUAUUAGUAACCGCUUGGGAUACCACAGAGAUGUGCCAGACACCAGGAAUGCUGAGUGUAGAGGAAAGUCCUACCCAACUGAUCUGCCAACUGCUAGUGUUGUUAUCUGUUUCUACAACGAAGCCUUCUCGGCCUUGCUGCGGACUGUGCACAGUGUUGUGGACCGCACGCCAGCACACCUUCUGCAUGAGAUCAUCCUUGUCGAUGACAACAGUGACUUUGAUGAUUUAAAAGGAGAGCUAGAUGAAUACAUCCAAAGAUACCUGCCUGCAAAAGUCAAGGUCAUAAGAAAUAGGAAACGUGAGGGAUUGAUCCGAGGAAGAAUGAUUGGAGCAGCCCAUGCUACAGGAGAAGUCCUCGUGUUCCUAGACAGCCACUGUGAAGUCAACGUGAUGUGGUUGCAGCCCUUGCUGGCCGUCAUCCUUGAGGAUCCACAUACUGUGGUGUGCCCCGUGAUUGACAUCAUCAGCGCUGACACACUGGCCUACAGCUCAUCCCCCGUGGUCCGGGGAGGUUUCAACUGGGGACUGCACUUCAAGUGGGAUUUAGUUCCUGUGUCCGAGCUGGGAGGGGCUGACGGGGCCACUGCACCAAUCAGGUCACCUACAAUGGCUGGAGGAUUGUUUGCAAUGAAUAGACAGUAUUUCAAUGAUCUUGGACAGUAUGACAGUGGCAUGGAUAUCUGGGGAGGAGAAAAUCUGGAAAUCUCAUUUCGGAUCUGGAUGUGUGGCGGUAAGCUCUUCAUCAUCCCUUGCUCAAGAGUAGGACACAUUUUCCGGAAAAGGCGGCCAUACGGAUCUCCUGAAGGCCAGGACACCAUGACACACAACUCCCUGAGGCUGGCCCAUGUCUGGUUGGAUGAGUACAAGGAGCAGUAUUUUUCCUUAAGACCUGAUUUGAAGACCAAGAGCUUCGGAAAUAUCAGUGAGCGUGUUGAAUUGAGGAAGAAAUUGGGCUGUCAAUCUUUCAAGUGGUAUUUGGACAAUAUUUACCCUGAGAUGCAGCUACCUGGCCCGAACGCCAAACCUCAGCAGCCCAUCUUCAUCAACAGAGGGCCCAAGCGCCCCAGGGUCCUUCUGCGUGGACGGCUCUACCAUUUGCAGACCAACAAAUGUCUGGUAGCCCAGGGCCGUUCCAGCCAGAAAGGAGGCCUGGUGCUGCUUAAGGCCUGUGAUUAUAGAGACCCAACUCAGAUCUGGAUUUACAAUGAAGAGCAUGAAUUGAUUUUAAACAACCUCCUUUGCCUCGACAUGUCAGAAACCCGCUCUUCAGACCCACCUCGACUCAUGAAGUGCCAUGGGUCAGGAGGAUCUCAGCAGUGGACCUUUGGGGUCCUUUUUUUCUUGCCUUUUUUUCCCCAGAAGAACAAUCGGCUGUACCAAGUGUCUGUGGGACAGUGCCUGAGAGUGGUGGACCUGACGGAUCAGAAGGGCUCUGUUGGCAUGGCAAUAUGUGAUGGCUCUGCCUCCCAACAGUGGCGCCUAGAAGGUUAAGAUGGACCCUGGCUGGAGACAACAUAAUUCACCAGGUUUUAUCACACCUGCCAUAAAUCAUGGUGCUUUAUGAAGGAUGCUGCUGACCCCAACAGACAAGACCCCUGGUGGAAGGUGACCAUCACAGGAACAGAAGGUGCUUCACUGGGACUUGGGUUAUUUCUGAGCUGCUGCUAAGGCAUUCUUGUUUAUCCAGGGAAAACAAAGUAAUAAUUCUAAAAAGUUGGGUCUAUUAGUACAAACCCAGGAAGCAGACAUUUCUAUUUAUUUAUGCUUCUCUUGGAGAUGGAAUGGUUUCUGUCUAAUCAGGAACUUGUCACAGUUUCCUUUCAUAGAGGACUUCAUAGGAGAUUUUUUUCUACUCUCAUCUGUUUAAUGUUCCUAAUAGAUUUUAAAACUAGUUGAAUGCAUAUUACUUUUAGCUUCAGAAGGUAUCAUGUAUAUUUCAGAGGCAUUUAACUAUUAUAAAUUAUUUUGAUGACUUAAUAGGCUGUCUACAUUAAAUAAAGGAUCUUUUUGAUCAUUUGACUAGGA